AUGGAUCUAAUUUUUGACUGGAGUAAAGCUUCUGCAAUGUACAACGGAGACUAUUUGGUACAUCUCUCUACAAUUUAUAACAAACAAGAGAUGGAACAAAUUAUUUGCACACUUUGGUCAAUUUGGACAGAAAGAAAUCGAGUGGUUCAUGGCUCUUCUGCAAAACCAGCACCAAUACUUGCCUCUUUUGCUGUCAAUUACUUAUCUAACUUUCGAACAACAACAGGGAAAUAUCAUGCUGCAGCAACCAACACUACUACACUUCCUGCACCAGCACCAGCUGCUACAAAAUGGACUCCGCCAACUGGUUUGGAUCUGAAACUGAAUGUGGAUGCCACCCUUGAUGCUAACCGAAAUAUUAUUGGAGUUGGGGCUGUUGUUCGUAAUUCAGCCGGUCGUGUUCUUGCUGCAUUGGCGAAACCAAUUAUCGGUAAUUUUGCAUCUCAUGAAAUGGAAGCAAAGGCUAUGUUUCAUAGCCGUAAUUGGGUUAUUCAGCUGCAAUUACCAAUUGCAAUUGUGGAGACUGAUGCGCUUCUAGUUGCUAACGCCUUGCAGUAUGGAUCUACUGCAAUUUCUUCCUAUCGUGAUAUUUUACUUGAUGUUUCUAGUCUUCUUUCCUUUCUCCCACAAGUGAAUGUUGUCCAUGCUAAACGCUCAGCCAAUAUGGUUGCUCACUGUUUAGCUAAGUUUGCUUUAGGGGUGGAUGAGACUUGCUCUUGGUUAGACGAUUUACCUCUAACUUUUUACUCUGUUAUUGUAAAUGACAUUCCUGUUUAA